CAGUUUCUGAUAGUCAUGCGGAGAAUUCGCGCUACUUUGGUGGUUGGAAAGCUUACGAUGAGAACCCAUAUGACGAAUUGACAAACCCUAAUGGUGUCAUCCAGAUGGGUUUAGCAGAAAAUCAAGUUUCAUUUGAUUUACUAGAAGAUUACUUGGUAAAACAUUCUGACUCACCUGCUACCGCACCGAAAAAUGGGAUCUCUAAGUUUAGGGAAAAUGCUUUUUUUCAAGAUUACCAUGGGCUCUUAACUUUUCGAAAAGCAAUGGCAAGUUUCAUGGAAAGCAUUCGAGAAGGGAGAGUGAAAUUUGAUCCUGAACGGGUUGUUCUAACAGCAGGUGCAACCGCAGCUAAUGAAUUAAUCACAUUCGUAUUGGCGGAUCCUGGUGAUGCUUUACUUAUUCCAACUCCAUACUAUCCAGGAUUCGAUAGAGAUCUAAGGUGGAGAACCGGUGUGGAAAUUGUGCCCGUUCAUUGUGAUAGUUCAAACGAUUUCCAAGUAACUCCUAAUGCUUUGGAAGAAGCUUUUAACAAAGCAACUUCUAUGAACAUUAAGGUUAGAGGAUUGCUAUUGACAAACCCUUCAAAUCCAUUAGGAACAUCAAUGCAGCGAUCCGUUCUUGAACAAAUUCUCAACUUUGCUGCACAAAAGAACAUUCAUCUCGUCGUGGAUGAAAUCUAUUCAGGUACAGUUUUUUCUUCAUCCGAAUUCAUAAGCAUUUCAGAAGUUCUUGAAGCUCGAAACUAUAAGGAUGCUGAAAGAGUUCAUAUAGUUUAUAGUUUAUCCAAAGAUCUUGGCUUACCCGGUUUUAGAAUUGGAACGAUUUAUUCGUACAAUGAUCAUGUUGUGACAACUGCACGAAGAAUGUCAAGUUUUAGUCUAAUAUCAUCACAUACACAACACUUAUUUGCUUCAAUGUUAUUAGAUACUGAGUUUACAAAGAUAUAUAUACAAACUAAUAGAGAAAGAUUGAGAAAGAGAUAUGAAAUGAUAACCCAAGGGUUAAAGAAAGCUCGGAUAGAUUGUUUGAAAGGAAAUGCUGGAUUAUUUGUUUGGAUGAAUUUAAGCCCAUUUUUGGGGGAUAAUCCUACAAUAGAAGGAGAAAUUGAAUUAUGGGAAUCAUUUGUGCAUGAAGUGAAACUUAAUAUUUCUCCUGGAUCUUCUUGUCAUUGUUCUGAACCUGGUUGGUUUAGGGGUUGUUUUGCUAAUAUGAGUGAGAAAACAUUGGAUGUUGCACUCAAUAGAAUUUAUGCAUUUAUGGAGGAAAGAGGAAAACUAGAAUGAUACAAGUAUAUCUAGCAAUUAAUAAUGGGUGGUACUGUAGAAUCCGAGCAUUGUUUUGUUACCCCUCAAUAUCAUUGUUCUCGAGAAGUUUUUUUAUUUAUAAUCAGAGUUUAGGCUGCUCCUGCAUGAGCGUUGAAGGUUGUCGGGUUUUAUUUAUUCGUUUGUCGU